UUUAAAACAAAAAUCAAUUAUUUAAUAUUUUUGCUCAUUGUUUUGAGUCAAAGGAAAACUUAUCUUCCAAAUAUGUUUAACUUUAUGAGAAUUCUGCAGAACGAAAUGAUGGGCUCAUUUUCAGUAGAUUAUAAAUGCUACUCUGUUUCCAUGAUGCCUGGACAGGAUAGAACAGAUGUCGAAAAAGGAGGAAAAAUUAUCUUACCACCUUCUGCCCUGGACCGGCUGACAAAGUUGCACAUCCAGUAUCCAAUGUUGUUCAAGCUUGAGAAUAAAAAAGAAAAUAGGGUGACGCACUGUGGGGUGCUCGAAUUUGUUGCUGACGAGGGGCGUGUCUACCUUCCUUAUUGGAUGAUGAACAACUUGUUGUUGGAGGAGGGAUCAGUUGUGCAUGUUGAGAAUGUCUCCCUUGCCGUGGCUUCUUAUGCCAAGUUCCAAGCCCAAUCUAUUGACUUCCUCGACAUCACUAAUCAAAAAGCAGUUUUGGAAAAUGCUCUGAGGACUUUUGCCUGUCUGACAUCUGGAGACAUGAUAGCUAUAAACUACAAUGAUCGAAUAUACGAAUUAAAAGUUUUAGAAACCAAGCCAAAUAAUGCUGUUUCGAUAAUAGAAUGUGACAUGAAUGUUGAUUUUGCGCCACCAGUUGGUUAUGAGGAACCAACAAAAAGUAGUGCCAGCCACAAUGAUGAUGAGGAGCAGAUGGACGUUGAUGCCUCUCAAUAUACACACCAAACAGUUUUCAAAGCCUUCGUCGGGCAAGGCAACAGAUUAGAUGGCAAGAUCAAAACAUGUCAAAAUGAUUCAGUAACGAAUGAGCCUGUUGAAAUUAAAAGGGGAAUUCCGAAUUAUAAUUUCAAGAAAGGCAAAAUUACAUUCAUCAGGACGGUGAAGAAUACGAAUGGUGCUAUUGUAAGUCACUGCUACAUUUAA